AUGGUAUGUCUGAGUUUAGAUAGGUGCAAAUGGUACAUUGGAAGGAGACCGCCGGGUGAGCGAUCAGACAGGCUCAUCAGCGCGUUCGAGCAUGUGAACGUCGAGAUUUUGGAAGACAAAAAAGCAAGGCGCAGGCAUUUUGCGUCCAGCUGGCUCUUCAACUUUAUGGUGGUCUUUGCCACACUGGCCAACACAGUGCUGAUUGGAUUGGAAAGCGAUUAUUCAAGAGGCAUCCAGUUGGCGGAUCGUCUUCCUUGGUUCAUCUGCGAGGUCCUUUUCACAACCUUCUUCUUUGUGGAAAUGUUGCUGAGGAUCAAUCAGCUCAACUGGGAAUACUUCGUGGACCCUUGGAACGUCUUCGACUAUUGCUUGGUCGUGUUCAGUGUGGCAGACCUCGUCGUAAGUCUGGCAAAGACUGAUGGCAGCGGAUUGAGAUGGGCGGCCUCCCUGCGUGUCUUCCGCUCUCUUCGCAUUGCACGGGCCAUACGGCGAGAGAAGGUUGUGCGCGGGCUCUUCCGGAUCACACAAGGGUUCAUUGACGCUUUACCCUCGAUGCUUUGGACCUUUCUAGCAGCGGUGCUCUUCGCGUACAUGUUGGCGAUUGUCUUAACGGCCUUGGUCGGCUCGGACCUGGCGGCACGCGAACUUUGGGAGAACGCCGAAGUGUAUUGUGGCACCGUCACGAGGUCCUUCUUCACGAUCCUGCAGAUCAUGACCUUGGACUGUGCUGCUGAGCCGAUUCUUAGACCGAUGUAUCACGCUGCUCCUCUUGGACUAUUGGUCACAUUCUUGAGCAAUCUGAUUCUGAGCUUCGGGGUGUUGAACAUUCUCUUUGCAAUCAUGGUCGAACGGAUGAUGAUCAUCUCCCAUGAGACCCAGGAGUCCAGAGCGACGGCUGUGGCCAAAUCUGAGCGGUUGUUGAUGACCGCCAUGCUAGAGGAAUUCACCGAAUACGACCAAGACUACAACGGCGAGUUGGACUUUUGGGAGUUUCGGAAGGUGCUCAGGACGCCUGGGAUGACCAAAAAGCUGUCCUUUCUGGGUGUCGGACCGGAUGAGGCGGAAAGCUUGUUCGAGCUCAUGGACGUUGACAAGAGCGGAUCGCUAACACCCAUCGAAUUCCUCACGGGCUUGUUCAAGGUGAAAGGCCCUGCAAAAGGACAGGACCUUUGCCGUCUGAUUACGCUCGCGGAGAAGAACAAAAGGAUGGCCACGAAAUGGGUCACCAGAGUAAGGCACUUGAAUGCCAAAGCGGAUGAGAUCCAAGUGCGGCUCAAUGGGGCAGGACGACACCUGGCCAGAGAACUGCGGGGACUGCAAGAGGCCUCGCAUCGCACGGAUCUCACUUGGAGCAAAGCCGCGCAACGGGAGAUGGUGAUAAAGGACAGAGAUCUCCACGAUCAGUUGGACUUCCCGACCAUGGAAGAUGCACCAAAGCGUCCGUCAGAAGGCUAUCAUGUUGAGGACUUAUAG